CUCCAUUGGCACCAAGAGAUAGUGGCCAUGUUGAUGCACAAGACAGAGAAACUGAGCGCAGAAAGAGAGAACAUCAUGUAUUUCAUAGACGGGAGACCAAUGCAUGGCUUAACCAGCAUGAAAUCGCCAAGACUUAUUGAAACUCAUGUGCCGUUUAGGUAUAUCCCCAAGCAAGCUUUGGAGAAGAAAAUAAAAAUAAUCCGCUUGGACAGAAAUCCAAAAGAUACUCUGGUCUCGCUCUACACUUUCCUUCAGAAAACUGCGGAGCCACUGCAUUAUCCUGGGACGUUUGAGCAGUUUGUCUGUCUUAACUUAGAAGCGGGCUAUUGUUUUGGUGACCUAUUUACAUAUCUGAUGGAAUGGCAAGACGGCAUUGAUGCUAACCCGGAUGUUCCAUUCUACACAUCAGUGUACGAGGAUAUGAAAUUAGAUGACAAAGCUGGCGUUAAAAAACUGAAUAAGUUUCUAGGCACGGGUUGUAGCGAUGAGCUUUGUGAAAAGAUAGCAGAGACCUGUAGAUUUGACAGCUUGAAGCCCUUCAAAGAAAAUACGACACCAGAAAGACUAAAUGGUAUAUUUCGCAACCGAAAAAAUGGCUUUUUCAGAAAAGGUGAUGUCGGCGAUUGGACAAACUGGUUCUCCGAUCAUUUGAACAAAGAAUUUGACAGAGAAUACAAGAAACACAUGGCUGGCUAUAGAACUGUUUACAAAUAUACUUUAGAGUAAAUUUUAUAUGUUAUGCACAGAUAUUUAGAUUCUUGCG